GAUUAGUACGCGCUAGUUUGAAUCAGAAAAGAAAUUCAAGCAUUAAUUCGGUUACAAUUUUAUUGAUUUUCAACUGUGGACGGCACCGUUAACAUGGACAAGAUGACGGUGGCCCAGAAGAAUGCAUAUCUGGAGGCGCACAUGGCGGUGCAGCAGCAGAUGGCCCAGGCGGCCAUACAGUUCAAACAACAGCAGCAACAACAACAACAGACGGGCGGAGGGGGCGGUGCGCAACAACAACAAAGCUCACCCACGACCAACAACAACAAUAACAGCCAGAACAAUGGCAACAUGCAACAGCAGCAACAACAGCAACAACAACAGCAGCAGCAACAGCAACAACACUAUGCAGCAACCAUUAAGGUGCCGCAAAUAAGUUCCUCAAGCUCUGGUGGUGCGGCGGGCACAGCCGGGGGCGAGAGCACAUUUACAGUGCCCGACGAUGGCAUGGGUUUCGAGGGAGGCGUCAGAGUACUUCAGAGUCUCGGCACCUGGUCCUCUGCGGAGCAACUCACCUACAAUAUACCCAAACCGAAUCUGAUACCCUUCACCGAACCCUAUGUGGAGGGCGGUUCCAUGCAUCCGGCCAGUCGUCUGAAGGCGCUGCAACAAGUCCAACAGGCAUCUUCCGGCGUGCGUAAGACCAAUCCAUCGAAAACCACCAACAAGGCAUUCGAGUGCACCGUCUGUGGCAAGGGACUGGCGCGCAAGGACAAGCUGACCAUCCACAUGCGCAUCCACACUGGCGAGAAGCCCUAUAUUUGUGAAGUGUGCAAUAAGGCCUUUGCGCGUCGGGAUAAAUUGGUCAUACAUAUGAACAAGUUCAAGCAUGUUACUCCCACAAAUAUUGCACCACUGGGCAAACGGCUGAACAACAUGGUGAAGAAAAAAGAGCAACCAGAUCCGGCGCCACCUGAGGAUAAUAAACAAAACCUGGAGCUGCAGUUGCAGCAACAGGCGGUGCAGGUCGCCGCUCAGAACAUCAUUGUGCAGUCGGCUCAGGCGGCGCAGCAUGGCGGUGGUGGUCAGUCGGCCACUGUUGCCGCCAUUCCCGGCAUUAUCAUACCGCAUCACCAGCAACAGUUGUCCUGGACAUGCGAGCUGUGUGGACGCAUGUUCUCGAGCCGGGACGAGUGGUCCAUUCAUGCCAAGAGUCAUCUGGAGGAACGGUUAGUCGUAGAGCCCACAAAAACAGCAGUAAUUGCUAAAAGCAACCACAGCAGCAACGGCAAUGGCAACGGCAACAACACAAACAACAGCAACAAUCGCGGCUAUCACAUGGAUGCCAAUCAGAAUCAGACUCAGCAGCAGCAACAACAAAUGCUGACUAAUAAUCAGCAAAUGGAGGGAAAUGCACUUGCACGCAAGGAAAAGAUAAUCAUACAAAAUCAGAUGAUCAUCAAUGCCACCCAUCAGCAGCAGCAGCAACAGCAGCAUCAGCAGCAACAACAACAACAACAGCAUCAUAGUGCUGGCGGAAAGAAAGCAGCUAGGAAGCAAGCACAGACCAGCGCGCCUAUGUACAACAAUAAUAAUAACAACAACAACAACCACAACAGCACCAACAACCAUAGCAAUCCACACGGCCAAGAAGUCACUGUAUCGCACAUCAUAGCCAAUUCGCCGACAGCAGCCACUUAUAUGCAGGCCCAGCUGAGUGGCAUCCAUGCUGGCAAUAAUCUGAGUGGCGAUGCCAGCGCCACCUCCACCAACAACAACAACAACAACAGCAGCAGCAGCAACAACAACAGCAGCAUGCCUAUUGUCACCUACAAUGGCAAUCAAUAUUGUGUAAUAACGCGAGCGCCCGAGGCAGAUGGCAUGCAAAAAACAUUGGAUUAUGGUCAGGCAACGACCACGAAUAUAAUCGUCAUGUCACCGAUGCACCUGCAACCAGCAACAGCCACAUUGUUGCCCCAGCAGCAGCAGCAGCAACAACAACAACAGCAUCUGCUGCAGCAGCAGCAACAGUAAGCGUGACGAGCACGAUUUGCAUAUUUGCAGCGAAAUGAGGUGGCAAGGCACAAAUUCAAAAUGCCUCCCAGUCUAGCAAGCUGAAAGUAGCGGGUGUUAGCGGUCAGGCCUCAGGCCUUAAGAAAAGACACUAUUCUCGGUUAACCGAUAAUUGUAUACCCUUGUAACUUUAUUUUUAUAUUUGUAAUGGAAAAAAUGUCUUAAGUCGUUUUGACAACUGCAGUUGAUUUCGUUUCAUAUCAUAUUCAUACUCUCCAUUUUUCGAAAUGGUUAUUUUUAUAGCAUUUUGAUAUUAUUGAAACGGUUUAUUAACAAAUUAUAUUGAGAUUCAGCGGCACCAAGCAUUCGAAACUUUUUAUACGGUUAGUUUUUGAAACUGAAUUAGGAAAUUCAUUUUCCGAUUUUAACAGAAAAUGAAAUCUAUACUGCUUUCUUUAUCUGUCCUCCAUUUUUUAAGAAAUUGUUACGUUCUAGUACCAUUUUCGAAAAAAAUUACCAACUGCACAAAUUCUAUAAAAU